AUGGAUGAACGUGAGGAUGUCCAAAAGAAAACCUUUGCUAAAUGGAUAAAUUCCCAGCUUCUUAAAAAUCAGCAUGAUCCUAUAACUGAUUUGUUUUUGGAUUUACGCGAUGGAAAUAGAUUACUUUCGCUAUUAGAAGUUUUAACUUCAAAAUCAUAUAAACGGGAGCGCGGACGUAUGAGAGUUCACCAUUUAAAUAAUGUUAACAAGGCAUUACAAAUUUUAGAACAAAACAAUGUCAAACUUGUCAAUAUUAGCAGUAAUGAUAUAGUUGACGGUAAUCCAAAAUUAACACUUGGAUUGGUUUGGAGUAUUAUCUUACAUUGGCAGGUACAUUAUCACUUAAAAGAUUUAAUGACAGAAUUACAACAAACAAACUUGGAAAAAACUUUGCUUGCUUGGUGUUGUCAAAUAGUCCAGAAUUAUGAAGGUGUCGAUAUAAAAAAUUUUACAACAUCUUGGUCUGACGGAUUGGCCUUCAAUGCAUUGUUACAUAAAUGGAAACCACAAUUAUUUGAUUUUAAUUCUGUAGCUCGGAAACAUCCGAAUGCAAGGCUUGAUCAUGCUUUUCGAUUGGCCCAAGAGAUACUUGGUAUUGAAAGAUUGCUUGAUCCUGAAGAUGUUAAUACAUCGGUACCCGAUAAGAAAUCUAUUUUAAUGUAUGUAACCUGUUUGUUUCAAUCAUUACCUCAUUCUGGACAAGAUAUUGAAGGAAUUAAUAUUUCUGCAGCCAGUGAUUCAGGAUCUACUGCUACGACACCAGGGAUUGAGCAAGCAGUUAUUGAAUUUCCUCAGUUUUCCCAGUUUGAGAUGAGUAAUUCGCGUCCUGUGAGUCUCGCAACUAAUGUAUCGGUCGAGCUUGGCGGAUAUCAAGUGGCUCUUGAGGAAGUACUCACGUGGUUACUAGAGGCAGAGGAUGUACUAAGUCAUGCGGCAGACCCUGGUUCGAAUCUCGAACUGUUGAAACGUCAAUUUCAUGAGCACGAGUCUUUUCUUGUGGAGCUGUCAGGUCAUCAGGAUGGUGUAGGUGCUGUCCUUGAAGAAGGUGAGCGACUGCUCGCUGAAGGAGGCUUACAAAAGGACGAAGAGCAUGAAGUUCGCGUACAGAUGUCUUUACUUAAUUCACGCUGGGAGAGUCUACGAAAACGAGCGCUCGAUCGACAAUCUAAAAUUCACAAGAUUCUAAUGGAGUUUCAACAGAUGCAAUUGAAUUCGCUUCGUCACUGGUUAACAAAAACGGAAGAUAGAAUAUCACGUAUGGGUGAUUUAGAAAAUAACUCUGCACUCAAUGAUCAGCUGAAACAGUUGAAAGAACUUGAAGAAGAUAUAAAAAAUCAGCAAACUAUUGUUGAUGGUUUAAAGAAUAUGGUGAACGCUGGACACAUAUUUGUCGGUGGCAAGAGAAGCGUUGUCAAAAUGUUCAGGAUAACAUUAAAGCAGAUGGAAGCCUCUCCUGCUUCGGAGAUUGGCCAGGUACUUGAGCGUAUCAAAAAGUUACAGCUUUUAAAAAUGGAAAUGGAUAUGAUUCAAAAGAAGCUUACUAAUAUGCAGACAGCUAUAAGAAAUUUUGAGGGGCACAGCUUAAGUUAUGAUUGUAUCAAAAUGCUUGAAAAACUAGAAAAUCUUGAAGAUCAGUGUGAAGCUGUUGUUCAAAUUAUGGAAGUUCAAAGUCAAAGGAUAUCGAACUCUGGAUUUGAAGUUGAUCUAUUCAAUGCUCAAAUAUCAAUGUAUUCUACUAAUGAUUGGAUCAACGAGUCAAUAAUUGCAAAUGCUCAAAAAGAAGAGAUAGCUGGAAUCAUUUUAUAUGAGGAUAAUAUGGCUGAUGUGAAUUCGCAUGAAGCUGAGUAUGAGAAAGUGAUUCAAUUAGGAAAGCGUUUCAUUGAUGAACUACGGAAAGCGAAUGAACAAUACGAUGAAGAGGAUGCAAAACUAAAAAAUGUGGAGACUUGUUGGUUAACAACAAAUGCGAGAUUAAAGAAAAUUAAGGAGAACAUAGACUUUUUAAUGACGAUCAAAGAGAAAAAACUUGAGCUAACAAGUUUACGAUUGAUGUUGGAUGGACACUAUAAGUGGUUUGAUGUUAAUUAUGAGAACUGCCAAAUUGAAUUGUUCAGAGUAAAAAUAAAAUCGAUCGAAUCUUGCGAAGAUCGUGUAGAAAAAUUAACAGCAGUGAUAAAGGGACUGACAGAUGAAGAAGUAGUUAUUGAUGAAAUAGCUACUUUAAAACUGGAUAUUGAUAAUUUUAUUUCCGAUAGGAAUAGUUUACUAAAAAAAUUAUUAGACAAAGCACAUUCAUUAACUAAUGCAGCUGAUAAAAUACCACCCAAAAAGUAUAACGACACAAUUAAUGCACUAAUAUCUUUAAUCAAUAACAUUGAGAGUAUAUUACUUUCGGAACAUGCUGUGAUGUCUGAUGAAAUAACUAUGCAAGAAAAAGUUAAGCAAUUUGAAGAGUUACAAUUAAAAAUUCAUAAGAUUAAAGAAGAACUGCAAGAUCUUAAUACAAAAUGGAGUGAUGUACCAAUUAUUUUAGAAGAAAGAUUACAGAAAUUUUCGAAAGAUAUUCAAUCUUUAAAAGUAUUUGAUGCAGAGGUUACUAAUCUUGAAGCAUGGCUUGAAACAUCUUUGGUAUAUUUACAAGAAAUUGCAAAUUAUUCAUUUAUCAAAGAUGUAGAGACAACUGAGUAUAAGCUUCGUCAAAUUCGUGACUUUACAGAAGAAAUAAACAAAACAAAACCGAAUAUAGAAAAUCUUCAAACACUUACCAACAGCAUGCUGGAAAAUUCUGAGCCUAAUUUUGCAAGUUUGUUAAAUGGUAAAUUAGAAAAUAUUUCUCAUAAAUGGAAUGCCAUAAUUGAUGAAACAAAAAUUAUAAAUGGUAUAGAAGAUUUUACAAUUUGGCUGUCGAAUCUUGAGAGUGAGAUUCCUGUCGAAGGUAAAGUUACUUCUUCAAUAGAGCUUUUUCAGAUACGAGGUCGUUACCAAAUGCUUAAAGAUAAAAUUGAUCGUCGCGUGGAAGAGUUUCGAAACCUUAAUGAGCUUGGUAGUGACAAGCUUCUUAGUUCCGAGGGCUCCUCUGUUCAUGAGCUUGGACGACGGUUUACGCACCUCAAUGCUAGAUGGACUGACGUAACAGAUCGCAUUUACGAAAGAUACAAGCAUUUUCAAAAUGCGAGUCAUGAAUAUGGCGAGUUUAGAGCCUUAGUGGCACAUGAAAGCGAUUGGCUGGACAAACUAGAAAAAAAAUUAAGAAAAUCCAAUAAUAAUGCUGCUGAUGCCGAGGAUAUAUCCGAGGAACUCGACGCUGAUGAACGAGCAAAGAUAUUAGAGGGAUCGGUCAAGCAGGCCGAACAGUCCGAAGGUCGGAUUCUCGCUCUUCAACAUUCUCUAACGCAAGUAGACUCAGUAUUAACCGCACGACUAGACUGUGAUCUCACUGCCGAAGAUUUACCUCAUGACUACCAGAAAUUGAUGAAGGAGAUGAAUAGUCAGCAAUCAACUCUCGACGAGAUGGCAACCCAGAUAGAAAUAUAUAAGACAGCUGGUAAAUUUGAAGCAGCUCAGCGACUGCAAGAACAAAUGGAUCUUAUCAAACAGAAAUUCGAAGAGGUGCAAAAUAAAUUUCAACGAUUUCGUAAUCCUGUAAAUAUCGAACCGAGAUUAUCUCGUGCACUUAGAGAAUUGCGUGGUAUCGAGGAAGCCACGUGCUUACUCGAAUUAGCAACCGAGGAUCCAGAUGCUAUCGAAAGGCAACUCAAGCACUGUUUGAGUAUAAUAGUUACUGGACGUAAAUUAGUUGAAGAAGAAAAUGUAUUGGAACCAAAAACAUUUUCCAAACGGAUAGAUACUCUUAAGGAAUUAUACAAUAAGGAAACACUUACGGAAGUAAUUCCGCGAUUAAACGCAGUUAAAGAUAAACUUUUUAAAACUCAGGAUGAAUUUUCUAAACUUUGUGAUCCAACUUAUCUUGAUCAACUAAAGGAAAAGCUUUCUGAUAUCAUUGACAGACUUACAAACACAGAAAAACGUCUACGAAUGUGCAAUGAAUCUAAUGAGGAACCCAAUGUAGAUGAAAUUAAUACUUGGUUAUUGCAAAUGGAGGAAAAAUUGGAUAAAUUGAAUAGUAUACCAAUGGAACAAUUUAAUGAUCAAUAUUUAGAGCAAUGCAAAAUAGUGCAAACAGAAAUAAUGGAGUCUCAACCAAAAAUCGUACAACUUCAAUAUUAUUCAUAUUAUUCUAAGGUAGCCGAGGUCUGCAGAAAAUGGGAAGACAUUUCUAAUAGAAUACGGAUUGAAUUAGGAAAGAUGCAUCAACGAACUCCUACUUAUAUACAAGAUAAAAAAGACUUAAAAGAAAAAAAGAUACCUUUUAAAAUUGGUGGAAUUUUACAAGCAGCUUUAGAGAAAGAGAUUAUAAAAUUUGAAGAAUUAUCGCAGGAAAUGCUUAAUCGAAUGGACAUUAUGUUGAUGACAGUUAUUGGAGUGACAAAUGAAAAAGAUCCUUCUAAACGACUUGAGGUACUAAAAGGUGAAAUUAGUUGUCUUGCAUCUGAUGCUGCGACAUUAAUAAGUCGAGGUGACGGUCUGGUGAUGACAGUUCAUGGAACUGAUCCAUUGCGUGCUGAUACGAUUAAAUACGAACAUCAAGAUAAGUUACGUAGCAAAUGGCAUCAGAUAAUGCAGGAAUGUGAGACUAAACGUUCACAAGCUUUAAAAGCUGAAGAUACUCUUUAUGCAUAUAAUCAGUUAAUUGCAGAAUUAGAAGACUGGUUUCGUCUUGCACUUCAAAAACUUGAACAGGCGAAUAACUAUGAAGGUCAAUUAGAAGCAUUUACUUUAGAGUUCGAUUUACGACAGGAACAAAUAAAGAAACUGAACCAGCUACAGCAAGAUCUUAUGAAAUUCAAUGUAGCUUAUAAUGAAACAAUCUAUUAUACUCUUAAUAGUAAAUGGCAAGAGAUAAGUUCACAAUUUAAAAGAUUUAGCGGUAGUAAAGAUAAAGAUAAACAGCAUACUGAUAAAAAAGUUGAAAUGUCAAUAACAGAUGGUGCACUAACAGUUCAAAAUUAUGUAACACGAGCAAAUAAAUUGCGUGAUGCCAUCGCGACUCUCUCCAAAUCUUUCGACUCUAUGCCGCUCAAUGGCAAAGAUUUUGAACUCUUUACAGAUCAGGAUGAAUGCCUUAAAAAAAUUAGUAGUGCUCUAAAUAUUUUAAAACCAAGUGUAGAAGAAAUAGCUUAUUUAGGGGAAAAUAUCUCGGAAAAUCAACAAGCACGUCCCCUUAAUGACAGUUUGAAAAAUGAGUGGACAAUUGUGAAUCAAAACUAUAUUGAACGUUAUAAUCGUUGGGCCAAAUGUAAUGAAAAGCUUAACGAAUUAAGAAACGCUUGUUGGAACUUCGACGAUCGUUUAUUAAAAAUGGAGGUCAUGAUGAAGGAGAUUGUAACAAAUUCACAGAGUAAAUUUAAUCUCACGAAGAUGUUAGAAAUGGAAAUUCCUAGAAUGUUGAAAACAAUGAAUGGAAUUAGUGCAACUAUCACUGAUGUAACAAAUAGAUCAUCACCAGUAGAUAUUAAAGAUUGGCAACGUGUAAUUGAUGAUCUGAAGAUGAGAUGGCAGAAAUUUGUUAGAGAUUGGAACAUGUAUAAAAACAGAUUCAUUAAGAAAUGCAAAGUUCAGAUAAGAGUUUAA